AACCCCCUUUCAUCAAACUGCAUUUUGACAGUUUUUCGUCCAAUCAGAGUGUGCCACGUCACGAGGUCCCUCCCCUUUUUAUCCAAUCAGAGCGCACCGUGGUGGGUAGUCCCGCCCCCCUUUCAACCAAUGAGAUUCUUCUUUUUUUUGCAGAUGUCCCGCCCCGAUCCCCCUCCCUAAUUUUUGUGGGUCCGUUCACGCGCAUCUGAGUUCCGAGCGGGGGUCCGUUCACGCGCUUCAACCCCCUUUCUCUCUCUCACCCCCUCACCCCCUGGUCAGGGGCCCCGUGCAAAUUAUCCGGCCUGCGCACGAGGUCGGAUUUCAGGCGGCUAGUGUCAUGCCGUUCCAGUCUUAAACUUUAGCUAAUAUUUAAUACAUCUUAGAUAAAUUUGGAUUAAAGCUAGCUAGCAAAAAUUCCCCAAUUGGAAGAGUUUAGCAAAAAAAAAAAAAAAACAACCCAGUGCUUAGCAUCGGUUAGGUUAGUCUCGCUAUUUAUAUUUAGCCAAGUUUUACCAACAAGCAUACAUUUAAUGCACAAUGUACAAAUUAUUUAUGUGUUACUGCUGUGUAUAAGUGAUUUAUUUGAAGCUAGUCAGAGUUGAUGGUCGUAGUGAUGAACUUUUUUUCCCCUUUCUCCCUGUAUCGUGCGAUUUCGGAUCUUUUAUUAAUACUUUAUUUAUUUAUUUUUGCAACAUAAACGGAAUCUCUGUUAUAUGCAAAAAAAAAUAGAUUUUAAUUCGAGCAUCACAUUUUAUUCUGUUUCCCAGCGCGAUCCUCAUAUUCUGAAAAUAUAUUUUAAAAUUAUAUUUUAAUUCAUGUACCAGGAUUCAUUCAUUCUGAUUCUCUGCGGCCGCAGAGCACGUGUUGACUGAGCGGUCGCGACAGUCUACCCCUCCACCCUCUAAAGAGAUGAUAUGAUGCGCCAGGUGUAUAUGGUUGCUCGAGAACUUGUGACAGGUGUUUCGGUGGGAAAAGAACUUUAGGGUAUAUAAGAAACGAGACGGACUAACAUUUUCCAUGAAGAAAUUCGGGGAUCGACAUGAUGGCUCAUGCUUUAAAAGUUCAAGCUGAAAUUCACCAGGUGCCUGAGUAUCAGGUUACAGCGGAAGAACUAGAGGGUAUUAGCCUCACUCAGACAGACCCAGAUUUUACACGGGGAAUUAAUCCUGAUGAGUUUGCGAGAGGAUCGGGAAGCGACAGUCUCGCGGACGAUUUGGAUUUGAUUCUAACAGGGGCCUCGCCAGCGAUCUCGCGAGAUCGUCGCGUUCCCUCCUCUCCUCCGAGAAGCGGAAAUGGCGUAAUAGAAAUAUCAACAACUCCGAGACCGGCGAGGCCGCAACUCGCGAGCGUGACACCAGUUUUAAAAGUCUGUGAUGCGCCUCGGCAAGCGAAGAGACGGAGAUUAGUCAGUAAGACAGCGUCUCUAGUGAAGCGAUUAUUUACAGAUUCAGUCGAAUCACCCGCGUGUUCAACCAGGGAAGGGGGUUGUGGAUCUCAAAGCGUGAUUAACGAGACCGAAGCGGAGACCGAAUCGGAUAACGGCCCAGAACCGAAUCAGGAAGCAGAGCGAAGUCGGAGAGAGCGCCAGAGUCCCACUAGACCCCUGUUUAAGCGCAGGUUUCCUCAGGCUGACCGCGCCGGUAUAUAUACGUUGUAUAUUUUUGUAUUUCUUCUUUAUAUACCUAUACGUAUAAGAUUUUGAUAGGGGUUUUUAUUUUUUUCAGCCAGCGUCUCUAACCAGGAAGCGAGACCUGAACGGGCCCGUCGGUUGAGAAUAGCGCCACCUCUCCGCCAGCGCCGUGACAGCGGAAUCUUGCGACUCGCUGAAAUAACGAGCGAUUUGAUUCGCGACCUGAUUCGUGACUACAGCGCCACGUUUUCUAACGCGUGUGAAAAAGGUUUUGUGUGAAAGGUUUGAAUGCAUGUCCGUGUCGAGCUAUAUUUUGAUGUUGUGAAUUCAUGUUUUCGAAUGUAUGUUAGCAUCAGGGAAAUAUUUCUGACAUUGUGAAUGCUGGGUUAUAGAUAGGGGGAAAAUUAUAUAAUAAAAGUGUGCAAGAAAAAUAAAAAAAUCAUUUAACCCUGAGGUGUGACGUUUUAUUUAGACCCCUCGUUAAAAGUAAAACCAUACGAGAUAAACCAAAAAACAUAACACUAUA